UGCCUAUCACACACAGGCAGGAAGAGAGUCAAGAGAACGAAACAGUCUGUGUUUGUUCGUACACUUUUACACUUUUAUUUGGAGAAAUUCAAUGUGCAAUAGCGCUUGUUAUCGUUAAAUAUAAACACUAAUGGGUCAAGGGAGCAACGCCGGUAAACACUGGUUGUAUUAGGUAGUUAGCAGUUAGCUAACGAGUGACGUCUCAGUCACAUUUCUGUGUAGCUGAGGGUGAUCAUGGCUACAUCAUCAGUGGAAUAUACAAUAGGAGGGGUGAAGAUCCACUUCCCCUGUAAGGCUUAUCCAUCCCAGCUGGCCAUGAUGAAUUCAAUUAUAAGAGGGCUGAACAAGGGUGAGCACUGCUUGCUGGAGAGUCCCACAGGAAGCGGGAAAAGCUUGGCCUUGCUAUGCUCUGCUCUGGGAUGGCAGCAGGCUCAGUUUGCUAAACUGAAAGAAGGAGGAAGUCAAGCGGAGGACAAGAAAAAGUCAGCCUCUGGAGAAUGUAAGAAGUCAGAGUUUGCCACUCCCUGUCAGUGUGUCUGUCAUAGUCAAACUAGUGGAGCGUCAGUGUCAACAGCAGAUACACCUGUUGUUGUGGACCUGACUGAGUCACCGUGUAAAGAGCCCAGCACAACAACACCACAGCUGCACCCAUCAUCUGAACAUAAGCUGUUCGAUGUGGAGCCGCCUCCCAAGAAACAAUCCAUAGCCUCCCGCUUGUCCGAGAAGUUUCAGUCGUCACUGACCUCUGUCGAUGAAGACGAUGAUGACUUCCAGCCAGACAGGAGAAACUUACACACUGAGAACAAGUGCCGUAAAAGGAAGCGUCAGGAGAGGGGAGUUGUAUUCAUUGACGACGAUGAACCAGAGCUGGAAAAGAAGCCCCCGAAUCAGACAUGGGUCUCGGAGUCGAACAGCCCCCCAGCAGCCAGUAUGUCCUCUUGCAGUGUCCCAAAACCCUGCCUUCUGUGCCCAUGUGCCAAAGCCAAGGAAAGUGACAAAGUCAAAGACGGCAAAAAGCAAAUCCCGAAGAUUUUCUUUGGCACAAGGACACAUAAGCAGAUAACACAGAUUGCCCAUGAGCUGAAACGCACUGUUUACUCAUGUGUGCCAAUGACCAUCUUAUCCAGCAGAGAUCACACCUGUGUCAACCCAGAGGUGGCACCUCAUUUCAAUCGCAAUGAACGCUGCAAGGACCUGCUGGAGGCCAAGAAUGGUAGGUCGUGCCGCUUCUACCAUGGCGUCCAGAGAAUGCGGGACCAGCAAACACUGCAAAAGGUUCAUGGACUUCAUGACGCUUGGGAUAUUGAGGACCUGGUGGCUCUUGGAAAACGUCUCCGUUCAUGCUCUUACUAUGCUGCCCGUGAACUUAGGCAGGGCGCUUACAUCAUCUUCUGCCCAUACAACUACCUUCUGGACCCGAUGAUCAGAGAGAGUAUGGAGAUCGACCUGACUGGACAGAUCUUGGUGCUGGAUGAAGCCCACAACAUUGAGGACUGUGCAAGGGAGAGCGCCAGCUUCACGUUGGACCACAACAAUCUGUUGCUGUCCAGGGACGAGCUGGAGGGCAUGAUCAAAUGCAACAUCAGAAAGGACAAACAUGAACCACUCAGGGAUUUCUGCUACAGUCUGAUCAACUGGAUCCAGGAAAGCAAAAGCCUGAUGUGUGAAAGAGGAUAUGAGACUGCAAGUAAAGUCUGGAGUGGAAAGGAAAUAAUCAGCAUCUUUCACAGUCUGGGCAUCACUGCGGAUACUUUUGCUUUACUCAAGAAAAACCUGGAAGAAAUUCUGGAGAAGGAGGAGCGUGUUGGUCUAGUCAAUGGUAAAGAGGACAUGGUGCAGAUCCCCACAGUCACCUCCACUACUUCCAGUGUCCUCAAAAACCUCUUCAUGGUUCUGGAUUUCCUCUUUAGGGACAACUGCAGGUUUGCAGAAGAUUACCGGGUCGCUCUACAGAGGAACUAUGCUUGGACCAACCAAGUCCCACCUGAUGCUCCUGAUGCCCAGGGCUUUUUUGCCCGCCCACGACACAGACAACGCCAGAGCAAAGUUAAGGCAGAGGUGUUGUCACUCAGCUUCUGGUGCCUCAACCCAGCUGUGGCUUUCUCUGACUUGAGUGGGGUGGUGCACAGCAUCGUGCUGACUUCAGGAACCCUGUCACCCAUGGGCUCCUUCUCCUCUGAACUUGGGGUGCAAUUCACCAUUCAGCUUGAGGCCAAUCACGUUAUCAACAAGUCCCAGGUUUGGGUGGGCACAGUUGGUGCAGGACCCCAAGGCAGAAAACUGUGUGCCACCUUCCAACAUGCUGAAACAUAUGCCUUCCAGGACGAGGUGGGUGCCCUGCUGCAUCAUGUGUGCCAGGUGGUGGCCAAGGGGGUGCUCUGCUUUUUGCCAUCUUACAAGAUGUUGGACAAGCUCCGGGACCGAUGGAUCAACACCGGUCUGUGGGAGAAGCUAGAACAGCAGAAAACUGUGAUCACUGAACCCCGCGGUGGUGGCAAGGGGGAUUUUGACGAACUGCUUCAUACUUACUACGAUGCCAUCAAAUACUGCGAGGAAAGAGAUGGUGCUUUGCUCAUCGCCGUGUGUAGAGGUAAAGUGAGUGAAGGGCUGGACUUUACAGAUGACAAUGCAAGGGCUGUGGUCACCAUUGGAAUUCCCUUCCCAAAUAUCAAAGACCUCCAGGUUGAACUGAAGAUGAAGUAUAAUGACCAGCACUGCAAGUCCAGAGGUCUUCUCCCAGGCCAUCGCUGGUAUGAGAUUCAAGCCUACAGAGCUCUGAACCAGGCACUGGGGAGGUGUAUCCGCCACAAGAAUGACUGGGGCGCUCUUAUUCUAGUGGAUGACCGUUACAGGAACAAUCCUAAUAAAUACAUCACAGGUCUCUCGAAAUGGGUUCGCCAGCUUGUCCAGCAUCAUGAUACCUUUGGCAAUGCGAUGCAGUCGCUGGUAGCAUUCUCUCAGGUACAGCAGCAGGUGGCAACACCCCAUGUAGGCAGCCAGUCAGCCUGCUGCAUGGCCUCAUCUCAAAAUGGUCAGCUCCCAGAUACUGGAGAGAAGGAGGGUCUGUCUCAGGCCUCAGUUCCUCAGACACCAGAGUCGUGUGACAAACGGCCUCAAGCCCAGCAGGACACAAGCCCCUCUACAUGCGUUCCCUUUACUCCUACACAGUUAAAAAUGGAACCAAAUGAAAAACCAGCAGAGUCCCUCUCACAUCAGAGAAGAGCAACUCAGUCACUGUUCAACAUUUUCACCUCCAACCCCAUCAGCUGUUUCAAGAAGGCCAUCUUCAAAGAGAAGUCGGCCAGCAGUCCCAGUCAGCUCUUUCAGGCACCUAAUCAUUCUGAGCACCAGCAGGAACAGCAGAUCACUUUUCCACAGAAGGAGACUGUGGAUCAGAAGAUCACCUCUACACAGAAGGAGACUGUGGAUCAGAAGAUCACCUCUACACAGAAGGAGUCUGAGGUGUCUUGUCUUCAACAUGAGGAUGUAGAUGCCUCGAGUGAAGCCAAAGUGGAACCAGACAGUCUGGCUCUGGGGUUGUCUACAGCAACAGAACCUCACAUCUGUGAAAGUGAAGCUCCUUCAGCAGACCAUCCAGAUGAGGAUGACAUGGACGAUGAGACCAUCUUCUUUACUCCAGAACUUUUUGAAGGUGAAGGAGAGGAAGGCACCUCAGGGAUGGAGAUAGAGACAGAGUCACCUGUCGGGGUGGUUUCAGGGGCAGAGACCCCUGCCCUGCUGACGGAAGGACUUUUCAGCUCGGAUCAGACCCAGGGGCAAGGACAAGUCACUGCUCUUGAUGGGCAUGGUGCAAUUACAGUCAGUGAGGAGAGCACAGAGCUAUCACAGGGACAUAAAGAAGCAAUCAGAGUACAAAAGCAGGGUGAGGACGUAGAGCAGGUGGAUAACCAGAGCAGGCGGACAAACAAGAGACUCCACCGGCUGUCCAGGUCCAGACCCCCUCCCACCCCACAAGGUGGAGGCUUUGGAGUGGCGAGUGUAGAUAGUGUGACCUUACAGCAGACUGAACCCAGGAGCAGCCAGAGGACAGACAAGGUCAGAGCAGAUCAUGAGUUGACCCUUAAUGUGAGGAUCAGAUCAUCCAGAAUCAGAGCCAGAGGAGUAGACCGCAGCAGAUCAGACAGAAACCAACAGAAUGAUUACCAGACGUGUCAUGUGACAGAGGCAGCAGCUCAGUCAGACACUGUGACUCCCAAUCAUGGAGAAUCAUGUGAUCUGCAGAACACUGGAGGAGCAGGAUGUAGUUUGUCAGUGGAAGGUCCAGGAUGUCAGCAAACCAAAGCUCAAGCCAUAAAAGUACAGAGAUCUUGCACACAGAAACACAGGAGAUGUAGAAAGACGUCACCAAAAAGAAAGAGAGGGAAAGAGCAGAAGCCAUGCUCUCGUGGACUCUACUGCUCUAUGUGUGAAAUGGAACUACUUCCUGCAGCACAUGGCGCACCACGAUGGGCUGCGUGUGAAUUUGAACAUCUAGCUUCACUGAGAAAAGUCAGAUGUAGUCCCGGAGUAGUGAGCGGCCGCUGCCAGUGUCCACCACGUCGUCCAUCAAAGCCGGAGAGCUCAGGCUCACUCCUGGUCGUCCAAAAUCUCACAUCCCUGAAGGCCCUGAGGACUGUUCUUCAACCCUACUGUGACAACAGGAUACCUGCAUAUAACACCAUCUGGAACUCUGAGGACUGCUCUGUUACCACGUUUCUGCAGUGCAGAGGAUGUUUAUCUCAAAGCCCUGCUCUGUCUCCAGCUUUAAUGGCAGCACAGAUCCAGUACCCUCACGACAGCGCUAAAGAUCAGAUAUGGCUGGUCCCAAGUGCAGUCCACUUCUGCUCUCUCAUCCACAUUAAAGGCUGAAGCUUGAACAGAACCAGAGGAUCACCAGCAGCUUGGGGCGUCACAGAGUGGUAGGUAAAUCAGGUAAUAGCUCGGGGCCACAAAAACCACCCUGCAACAGCAACCCUUCAUUUUUAUGAUCAGUUAUGCACAGAAGGUUGUAAAAACACCCCGGUUAGAAACUCUAGUGGCCCUUUCCAUGCAUUCCACAUUCCGUGUCAGCAGAGAGUUGCAUGUGCCCACGGUUCCAUGCACACUAAAUGUCGGUCUAGUGUUCCACACAUGUGCAGUUGAUCCCACAUUCCAUUCCACACCAAUAUACUGUCUUCCUGGAGCAUGUGAAGUCGACACGUACAGUCCACGGGGUUACAAACGUUUGGGCUGCGUCCGGAUGUCCGCAUAGCGGCCGCGUGUACCAGCAUGGUCAUGGGUGGAUAAAGAAACGUAUAACAUUAUAUACACCUUCGCUGACCUCUGCAGACUUGCUGACCCAGAAACCCUGUGUUACUUUAAGGAAACAAGGCUUAUGUAUUAGACCUUCAGUUCCGUUCAGUCCAGAGGCCCCAAAUUCUCUUUAAACGCCUCUGCAAACAGUGCCAGAGAUUUAUUUCUGCCUGUGUAUUAAUCCAGUUCUUGUUGGUUCCAUGAUAUAAACUACAGUAUGUGUAAAGAGGUAUUCUCUGUGUUAUAGUGUCAGAGUUUAUUCAUGAUGAAAUUCAGUUCACAUAUUAUGUUUGUGAUGUUAUCACACAUUUCAGGCAUUGUCCAACACUCAUAUUUAUCAUUUAAAGCUUAAAACCUACCAGCCAUGUACAGUUUAUUAAUAUUUAGCUAAGCCCGCAGUCUUAAAACUACCCACAUGUUAGACUCAGGAUGCAAAACCUGGUCUCCAGUAUUAAAUUCCUGCACCAUCCGC